UUUCUCUCUCUAGGAGUGCAAACACUUUCUCUUUCUUCUGGUCCCACCUCUCAGUAUUGGGACCCUGUCUCUAUAAGGAAGUCUUGGGACUCUCUCUAAGUCAGGCAGGCAGGCGGGCUGGCUGCAUUCCUGUGAAAGCUUUACAAUUGAAUCUGUUGUUUAUUUCUCUCUCUCUCUCUCUCUCUCUAAAAGAUGAAAUCGUCCACUCUUCUCAACUUGUUCCUCCUCUCUCUCUUCCUGCUGCCCCUUCUCGGCUAUGCUCAACAGGGGGACUCGUGCUCUUCUGAAGAAACUGACGUCGACAAGGCCAAAGCCCUGAGCCUCAAGCUCGCGGCAAUCGGAUGCAUCCUCUUUGCUGGAGCGGUCGGAGUUUGCCUUCCUAUUGUUGGGCGAUCGAUCCCGGCCCUCCAACCCGAACGCAACGCGUUCUUCGUGAUUAAAGCUUUUGCAGCCGGUGUCAUCUUAGCUACCGGAAUGAUUCAUGUUCUCCCGGAUGCUUUCGAUAAACUAGGCAAUGCCUGCUUGAAUGAGGACCCAUGGGGAAAGUUCCCUUUCGCCGGUUUCGUGGCCAUGCUUUCGGCCAUUGGAACACUUGUUGUGGACUCUUUGGCCACUGGUUAUUAUCAAAGGAUUCAUUUUAAGAAGCCACCAGUUGCAUCUAAUGGUGAAGAUGCGGAGAGGAAUGAGGCGCAUGAUGGUCAUGUUCAUGUGCAUACACAUGGGACUCAUGGACAUACACAUGGUGCAGUUGAGCUUGCUGGGGCUGAGACCCUUAGGCAUAGGGUCAUCUCUCAGGUUUUGGAGUUGGGUAUUAUAGUUCAUUCAGUGAUUAUUGGAAUAUCACUUGGAGCAUCAGAAAGUCCAAGCACAAUAAGGCCUUUGGUAGCUGCUCUGAGCUUUCAUCAAUUUUUUGAAGGAAUGGGAUUGGGAGGUUGUAUUGUUCAGGCAAAGUUUAAGAGCAGAGCUACUGCAUGUAUGGCCCUCUUCUUCGCGAUUACAACUCCUGCUGGAAUAGCAGUGGGCAUAGGAAUUGCAUCAGUGUAUAACGAAAACAGCCCUACAGCUCUCAUAGUCGAAGGCUGCUUAAAUGCGGCAUCUGCAGGAAUUCUAAUUUAUAUGUCACUUGUGGAUCUCUUAGCGGCCGAUUUCAUGAAUCCGAAAAUGCAGAGCAAUGGAAAACUUCAGAUAUGGGCAAAUGUUUCGCUUCUUUUUGGAGCUGGAGCUAUGUCUCUCAUGGCAAAGUGGGCAUAACGACAUGCUAAAGCCGGAAAGCCCUAGUCAUAUGGGUAAAUUUUGGAUAAAUUUUGUCUAUGGUUUAAUAAGAUGGAAAGAAAGAAACCACUUGAGCAAGCAUAGAUAAGGAUCAAUUCUUGGGAUCAGAAGUCAUUCUCUUCUUCUAAAUUCUGACCAUGAACUUGUGGGAUCUUUCCAUCCAAAAUUACCCCAAUGUAUAUUUUCUCUUUUUUCUUAAGAGCAUAAGUACAGAUUGGUAGUUUUUCUAAACUCUGAGCAAAUUCUAGUUCUUGUUGUGCCCCAUAUAUAUGGUGGGAUUUUUUUAAAGUUUCCUUGCAGGCCUGGAGAUGUUGGAAAGUUCAUUGGAUAUGUUGUUAUGGAAAGGAUAAAUGAAAUUGGAUUUCGUUGCACUUGUGAUGCAAUAU